CUGCUGCCCCUUGUCGUCCAGCUCCUGUCCCACCAUGCUGCUGCCGGCCACGAUCUCCAAGGGGACAGGGCUGUAUGGGAUGGUGGAGGGUGUGUGUCGCAAGAGAACCCCCAGGACCCUCAGUGCAAGCAGAUACAAGACAUCUACGAUACAGGACGUGGAGAGGACCAACCCUAUUCACCGGAGAGUAACAAAACUGUAACAAAAUUGAGAAAGACCAGAGAAUCUGCAGUGAUAUCCACAUACAACCCCACCACGCUGGAUAACUCUAAAGAGAAUGACAGAUCUGAAACUGCUGCUGACAGUGGAACCAAAGUGCACCCUCCUACAGGAUACAAGACAUCCAGAACCAGUGCUGAAACUGCCCACUCCUACGCAAAGUCGCAGGACUCCACAAACUCUGCCACUAGGAACAUCACAAAGACCUCCCUACAAGAGUCAAUGACCUCUCAAAACCCCAUACACACGAAAACCUCACGGCACUCCUCUCGAAGAUUGCUGUCCGAUACAAGCCCGACAUCCCCAGCAUCUUCGGCUGCUAAAACCUCGGCAGCCGCAAGACCCUCGGCACAGUCCUCCAUAGCGAAAUCGCCGCCUUACUCGACCUCUGCCACCUCAGCCGCCACCAGUCCCUCGUCGCAGUCCUCCCAAGUGACAUCCCCAAUAUCCUCCGCUGCUCCAAACUCGGAAGCCACCAGCCCCUGGGUGCAGUUCUCCCCAGCAACCUCCCCAGCGUCCUCGGCCUCUCCCACUUCGGCGGCCACCAGCCCCUCAGCACAGUACACUCCAGUGACAUCACCAGCGUCCUCGGCCGCUCCCACCUCGGCGGCCACCAGCCUGUCAGUGCAGUCCUCACCAACAUCCUCGGCCUCUCCAAACUCUGCUACCACCAGCCCCUCGGCACAGUCCUCCGCAGCAACAUCGCAAGCGUCCUCGGCCUCUCCCAACUCCGGGGCCACCAGCCCCUUGGUGCCAUCCUCCCCAGCAACCACCCCAGCGUCCUCGUCUUCUCCCACCUCAGCAGCCACCAGUCCCUCGGUGCAGUCCUCCCCACCGUCCUCUGCAACUCGAAACUUGGCCGCUAACAGUCCCUCAGCGCAGUACUCCCCAGCGACAUCGAUAGCGUCCUCAGCCUCUCCAACCUCAGCAGCCACCAGCCCCUCAGUGCACUCCUCCCCACCGUCCUCGACAUCUCCAACCUCGGACGCUACCCGUCCCUCGUCCCCAUCCUCCCCAGCAACCUCCCCAGCGUCCUCGGCCUCUCCCAUUUCGGCGGCCACCAGUCCCUCGGCGCAGUCCUCUCCACCCACCUCGGUCACUCCAACCUUGGGGGCCACCAGCCCCUCGGCACAGUCCUCCCCAGUGACAUCACCAGCGUCCUCGGCCGCUCCCACCUCGGCAGCCACCAGCCCCUCGGCACAGUCCUCUGCACCCACCACGGUUACUCCAACAUCUGCAGUCACCAGCCUCUCGGUGCAGUCCUCCCCAGCGACAACGCCAGCUUCCUCGUCUUCUCCCACCUCACAGGCAACCAGCCCCUCAGUGCAGUCCUCCCUAACCACAGGUCCUGCGUCCUCAGGCUCACCCACAUCGGCAGCCACUAGCUCCUUGGCGCAGUCCUCCCCCUCUUCCUCAUUUGUUUCCACUCCUGUCCCCUCCAGUUCUCCAACAGCUUCUGCCACCCUCUCAUCUGUGACUCCUGUGGUUGUCACCACCACGACUCUGUCCACUUCGACCUCCAGGUCCGCCCCUACCACGCAGAUCACCACGUCUACUACAGUCCCGAUUGUCACCACUCGCUCUACCACUGUUACGAUAAGAAGCACCCCAACCCCUACAUCUACUGCUCCAGCAACCACACCAGGGAACUGCUUAAAUGGAGGGACAUGGAACGGGCAGGUCUGUGUUUGCCCCAGCGGCUACAAAGGAGACCACUGCCAGAACAACCUGUUCUGCGAGAAUGAAGGCUCCUGGGAUGGGAUCAAGUGUGUGUGCCCCAGCCCCUACCACGGGCGGAAGUGUGAGGAGGUGGUCCCGAGCAUUGAGAUAGAGCCUCCACCGGAGACUGUCUCUGCCCAGAUGGAAAUGACCGUGACAGUGACCAGUAUGGAGUACACCAAAGAGCUAGAAGACCGGAAUUCUGCACAAUUCCAGAGCUUCAAUAAGACAUUCACAGACGAGAUGGAUAAAGUUUAUUCCGGAAUCCCUGAGUAUCAAGGGGUCAACAUCACAAGGCUGUCUGCUGGCAGCAUUGUGGUAGAACAUGAAGUCCUCCUGGAGACCAAGUACAUCCCAGAGUACAAGGAUGUUCUCGUUAAGGUCACCCAGCAGGUGACGGAAAAAAUCCAGAAUGUAACCAAGGAGCAAAUAAGCAGAAAUAACACCUGCCCAACUGUACUGUGUUACAACACGACUGCCACCAAGGUGCAAAACGUUACAGUUACCGAAUAUGAUCCUGAAGAGGAAUGCCAGGAGAGGGCUGGGAAAGUUUACGCUGCCUACUUCUUCGUGGAGUACAAGGAAGAGAAACCAAACUGCAUCAACCGCUGCACGCCAGACUUCAACAGCUCCCUGAACUGCAACUUCGGGAAGUGCCAGCUAGAGCCCAGAGGCCCUCGGUGCUACUGCAUGACCACAGACACUGACUGGUACAGCGGGGAAACCUGUGAAUUCAGCACCAAGAAGAGCCUGGUGUAUGGGCUUGUGGGGGCAGCUGGUGCCAUAGUGCUACUCGUCCUUGUUGUUCUCUUGAUGUUCAUGCUCCGUUCCAAGAGAGAGUUGAAAAGGCAAAAGUCUAGAGUGUCUCAGUUGUACAAGUGGCAUGAAGAAGAUGGAGGGCCAACACCUGGGACCUUCCGAAACAUUGGCUUUGACAUCCAUGAAGAUCGAGAUGACUCCAUCCACUUGGACUCCGUUUAUAGUAACUUCCAGCCCUCCCUGGACCACAUAGACUCAGAAACGCAGAUCAAAAUUCAGAGGCCCCAGGUGAUGAUGACAUCGAUUUAAGGCUUUCACAUGAACCUGUGGGGUCUGGGAGUGAGGAGAGCUUGCUUUGGCUAAGCCUGGUGGA